GCUCAAUAAUGAUGAUAAUGACCUCACAACUACUACCCAAAUGAUUUCUUAUAUGGGGUUUUCUAGCAAAAGAAACAUAUGUCAUAAACAAAAAAUACGUAAAAAUAGAGAAGAUAAAGAAUAUGGAGUUUCUCGUGGUAUAGAUUUUAUUAAUGUCGCAGCAGUGAUUAAUUUUGAUUUUCCAACUUCAGCAAAAUCUUAUACUCAUCGAGUUGGACGGACAGCAAGAGCAAACCAAAAAGGAAUGAGUUUAAGUUUUAUUGUGCCAAGAGAGUUAGUAGGGAAAAACAAAAAUUUUACAUAUCCUGCAGCAAAACAUGAUGAAGAAAUUUAUGGACGAGUAGAAAAAAAACAAACACUAUCUGGAGCAAAAAUUAAUCCUUAUACCUUUGAUAUAAAACAAGUUGAAGGAUUUAGAUAUCGUGUAGAAGAUGCAUUGAGAGCAGUAACAAAAAUUAUGAUUAAAGAAGCUCGACUCAAAGAUAUUAAAUCUGAAAUAUUAAAAUCCGAAAAAUUAAAGGCGUAG